AUGGCAGGCACUCGGUCGAGAUUGCAUAAGGCGGCUGAGCCAGCUAUCCCAAGGAGGUCGGCGCGCAGGUCAAAGAGGGCGCAGGACGACGAUGAGGUGCCCGCCGUGUUCCAGGAUAUGCUGCGCGAGGAGCAGGCAUCAAAGGCUGCUAGCGUCGACGAAGAGGGUCGGCCGCCAAAGAAGAGGAAGACGGCGCCCGCAACUGCCAGCGCAAGCCCUGUCGCUCAGCUCAAGCGCGUCCAGAAACCAGAGUCAACUGGCCACACCUCGGAGCCGGCCUCGCCAGCGCCGUCGCACACGGAGUCGCAACCCAAGGCUACAACCCAAUCGACCACCGACGCACGGGUGCGACAGACCAUCAUAGACUCAGACGAGUCGGAAGACAGCGAUCUGGAGUGGGAGGAUGCGCUGGGCGAUGGCGACGAUACCGACGAUGCUGGCGAGGACCGAGACACUGCGCCCCAGAUUGGGGAUAUCUCGAUUGCCAUCGGAACCAAAAAUACAGAGGAUGCUGGCAGAAAGAGGACCGCGCGACGGCGAGCAAUAACAUCUGUUGAUAAAAAACGCCGUCUGGAUAUUCACAAGAUGCAUGUACUCUGUCUGCUUUACCAUGUCCACCGCAGAAAUGCUUGGUGCAACGACAGAAGAGUUCAAAGCACUCUGCGCAAAAUUGUUCCCGUCAAGACCUUGUCCAACCUCGUACCAAACCCCGACCUCACGCAGUAUUCAGCCUCAAAACAUUUUAUUGACGGCAUGAAUGAGCUAAAAAUGCUGUGGUCGAAGCGUUUCAAGAUUACAGCACAAGGCAUGUACAAGCCCCGAUGGGCUGAAGUCGAGGCCGCCGUCCGACCCUUCUCGGACUUUGACGAUCUCGACGAUCCCAUGGAUAAGGACGAAUUUCGCACUGCAACUCAUACUUUACAAGGGUCCCAGGAUGUUGGGACACAAUUGUUUUGUGCGCUUCUCCGUGCCAUUGGCAUAGAAACUCGCCUUGUCUGUUCCUUGCAGCCUCUGCCCUUUGCAUCUGCGGCUGAGCGCGCAACACCGCAAAAAACGAGUGCUGAGAAGAAUACAAUUGUCAUCGACCCAUACAACAAGCCAGCGGAGCCAAGUCCCACGAAACCAAAGUCACAGGGACCGCGAGGCAAGAGGUUAUCGAGAUUGGAGCGUGUCAUGGGUGAGCGGCAUGCUGUCUUGAACCAUACUGGUGUUGCGCCUAAGAAACAAAAAGCCUAUCACUCACCGUAUCCUGUAUACUGGGUCGAGACUUUCAACCCUGCAUACCAAAAGUGGGUACCGAUUGAUACACAUUCUACAUUCACUGUCAACUCACCCGAGAAAUUGGAGCCACCACUCAACUUUACGCAGAAUAGUCUGUGUUAUGCAAUAGCAUUCGAGGAAGAUUACACCGCCAAAGACGUCACACGGCGGUACGCGAAGGCGUACAAUGCUAAGACGCGUAAAUAUCGUGUCGAGGGUACCCCUGGGGGAGAGAAGUGGUGGCGACGCACCAUGCAGUUUUUUGAGCGUGCAUCUCCGCUCGACAGAGAUCAGGUGGAGGAUGCUACUCUGGCGCGUAAAGAGGCAUCGGAAGGCAUACCAAGGAAUGUCCAGGACUUCAAGGGGCAUCCCAUCUACGUACUUGAGCGGCAUCUCAAGCACAACGAGGUGAUUCACCCUCCCAAUCAAGUUGGCAAGGUGAACUGCGCCACUGCCAUGAACCCCAAGAUGGAGCCUAUUUAUCGUCGUACGAAUGUGCACGUUGUCAGGACUGCAGACAAGUGGUAUCGCAUGGGGAGAGACGUGAAGUUUGGCGAGCAACCGCUUAAACGUGCAAAGCCCAAAAAAGGGCGAAGGAGCUCUAUUGGUGCAGAGAUGGAUGCCGAAGACGAAGCAGACGAGGUCGGAGCGGGCCUCUUUGCAGAGUUUCAAACCGAGAUAUAUGUUCCUCCUCCUGUCGUUCGAGGCCGCGUUCCACGCAAUGUCUACGGUAAUCUUGACUUGUACGUCCCGUCCAUGUGUCCAGCAGGAGGCACACACAUCCGGCAUAAGCUUGCGUCUAAGGCAGCACGCAUAGUUGGUGUUGACUUUGCGGAUGCGGUCACUGGAUUCUCGUUCAAGGGCCGUCAUGGUACGGCAAUUGUGCAGGGUGUUGUAGUUGCGCAAGAGUAUGCCGAUGCUGUGCAAGCAGUCAUUGAGGCAAUGGAGUAUCGACAAGAAGAAACAGAGGCCAUAGCACGGCAGACAGAAUCACUACGACUCUGGAGGCGAUUUUUCCUUGGCCUCCGUAUUGCACAGCGGGUCAACGCCAUCGAGAUCGACGGUGAAAAGGGCCCAGUAAUCGACGUGCAAGACGAGAUCAGCAAACAGGAUCGGGAGCUGGCAGCUCAGGAAAUGGCCGGAGGAUUUUUUCCUGAGGAAGCCGAAGUUGCCGAGCCUCCUGGCGGCCGCCAUCCUCCAUCACAGCCAAGUUAUGGUGACGGCGGCUUUCUACCAGAGGACACCGAAUUCGACGACAGUCACGCUGGCGGCUUUAUCCCCGAAGAAGAAGAAAACACAGCACCCGCACCUCUAAACAGACAUCAAAGUUUCGAGAGUUCACUCCUGGAUUCUCAGCAGCUCCGGCCGCGGCGAAGAAACAGCUUCGCACAGAUGUACUCAUCCGAAGAUGACGACGAAAGCGGUCAAGCCUCCACCGCCUCCCGCGUACCCGACGAGUCCCCUCCAAACCACCCGCCCGCCGAAUCUCAGCAAAAUGCGACGCGCGCCGAGGACCCCGGGCCCGACUCGAACGUCACACAGCAUAUUGCUAUGCGCUCACCACUUCCGCAUCCACCACCUUCACAGUCAGAACCUCCUUUCCCCCCUCCUCCUCCUCCUCCUGCUGCUGCUUCUUCAUCACCCUCAGAAACCGGAUCGCUCAUGCUCGAGGACCCGGAAGACGAGGACGCAGACCCGGAGUGGCUGAUCGAUGCUACAUGA